GCCCGGCGCACCUCCCUCUCAGCAGCCAUGGCGGCGGCCUCUGCUCUGGCGGCGGCGGAGUGGCGUCUCCAGGCCCUGCGGGGGCUGCAGUGCCCGUGAGUGCGGCUGGGCCCCGGCAGGGAGGACGGGGCGCGGAGCGGGAGACGAAGAAGGGAGGCCCUGCAGGAAUGGACGGGCAAGGCCGACGCCUCGGGGCCUCGUCGUGGGUGCGGGGCGGGGGGGGGGGGAAGCUGAGCCGCAGCAUCCCUCCCCCUCCCCGCUUUUCCUUCAUCCGGAGGGGGAAAGGGACGAGGCUUCACCCCGGGGCUCGGCGGCCCCAGAGAAGAGGGCGCCUCUGAGCACGUGCAGAGUGCAUUUUUAUUCCACCCUCCAAUCUGCAAUAACAAGCAGGACACUCCCGCAUGUCUUUCGUCCGAGGCAGAGUAGAGCAGGGAUACUUCCACUGUUAAUUUCCACAAAAUUGCUGGGUUGGUAUGGGGUGGGGGGCGUGUGUGUUAUGUUUGUGCGCUCACAGUGAGGGGAAUGGGAACCCUUCCGAGUAAUAAUAAUAAUAAUAAUAAUUUAUUUAUACCCUUCCCAGCUCGCUGGGUUUCCCCAGCCACUCUGGGCAGCUUCCAGCAAAAUAUUAAAAUACAAUAAUUCAUCAAAUAUUCUGAAAACAGUGCUCUCAUUUAAUAAGAAGCAGCUCUGGCUUCUUCAGAUCUUCCAGAUCUUGAAAUAAAUAAAUACAGGUGUGCCAGGGCCAGAUUUCACCUGACCAGCUGGCAGCUUGAAAGGGCAUUGGAGGAAUGUGUGUAUGUUGUCCGGGAGGAAGCAAGAUCUGUUUUUCUCAGGCAAAGUAUUACUCAAGAGGUAUCGGAAGGAAAUGUUUGAAAACUGAUGAAUGACUGUUAUAGAUAGAGAGAGGAGGAUUUACCCUACUUGACUAUUUUGUGGACGGGUUAUAACAGGCAAAGGCAAACUCAGCCCUCCAGAUGUUUUCGGAUUACAACUCCCAUCAUCCCUAGCUAACAGGACCAGUGGUCAGGGAUGAUGGGAAUUGUAGUCUCAAAACAUCUGGAGGGCUGAGUUUGCCUAUGCCUGGGUUAUAACAAUGUAUAAAAGCCAUAGCAGAAAUUGGUAAUUGAAUAGGUGAUGUGUAGGGGGUGGAAAAGAGAUGAAUGUAUUUUGAAAUGAUAGUUGGAAAAGUUAUUUUACUGGGAGCAGCAAAGGAAGGGGGAAAAUAAAUUAUGGAAGAUCAAUGAAAAUAAUUGGCAAAAAAAUGAAAGGGCAUUGCUUCGUGGCGGCAGUGUUACUAUAAGCGGUUUGCGUGUGGAAAACCAUAGGGUCCCGGUGAUGCUACAAAGCAUUGCUGCCAACGAGUGGGUUAAGUUUUUGUGUUUUUGUCUGCAGAGGCUGGCUUGCAUGGGAAACGGUUGCACAAGGAUGGAAUGGCUGCGUGGGGCAGCUGGAAGAAGGGUGGUGGUGUUUGGAUGAAAUGGACCUUAGGGCUGUACUCUUAUGUUGCUGGAUUGGCAUGGGUAAACAGUUCCCGUCAUCUGUAAAGAGAGCCAAGCAAAUUCCUGCAUUGCAGGGGGCUGGACUAGAGGACCCUCGGGGUCCCUUCCCACUCUACAAUUCCAUGAUUCUAUAUACUCUUCAAGGACACAAUGGAGGAGCUCUUGUGGGAUCAGGCCAGAGGCCCAUCCAGUCCCACCAUUGUGUCCUUACAGUAGCCAGCCAGUUGCCUCUGAGAAGCCCACAGGCAGGACAUGAGCACAACAGCGCUCUUCACACCUGCCAUUCCCAGCAAUUGGUCAGAGGUUUACUGUCUCCAGCAGUGGAGGUAGAAGGUAGCUAUUGUGGCUAAUAGCCACUUAUAACCUAAUCCUCUGUGAAUUGGUCUGAACUUCUUUUAAAGCUACCUGUUUGCUGGAAGGAACCAGACACCCUGAAUGGCUCGUCCUUGUGGAAAUUGUUGAAGGGGUGUAGGAUUUUGCCCUGGGAUGGCCAGUCCAGUAACAUAUGAAUUCAAAAAAACUAGGCAAGGGUUUGGUAGGACCCACGCAGCUACACCCUAUAGGUGAGACAAUAUUGCAACCAAGCUUGGUGGGAUGAGCCCCAUCACUGGCUUUCAGACAUCUGAUAAGGCAGCUUUCUGUGCUCCUAAUUGAAAUCAUUAUAGACCGGGCAUACUUUUUGAGAUGGCAUAAACAGUAUUUCCAAAUUUGGCCUCACCACGGGAAAGGCAAUGCAACACUGACUAUCUGGUUCUGGGGAACCCCAGCCAGAUGGGCGGGGUAUAAAGAAUAUUAUUAUUAUUAUUUGCUUCCUGGCUUGGAAUUUCAUACUUGAUGCUGUAUACUGAGCUGAUAUUUCUCUUGACUCCCGAGAUUUCUCUUUUGGUUAGUUACCAUCAGUUCAGACAACCCCAUCAGCACAUAGGUGAAGUUAGGGUUGUCCCUAUGUGCAUUACUUUACACUUAACUUACAUGGAACCACACUUGACUCUUCUUCUCUGUCUUGUUCUCAGCCAUGUAGAUAUGACCAAGUGUACAUUUUAAGUGCUGCAUUCACACAGCUAUGUUCUUCAGAUCUGUUCUUACCAUGUAGUAGCUCAACUGCAAAAGGAAUUGUUAAAGAUCAGUCAGGUUUUUUCUUUCUUAUUGGGUUCAUCUACCCUUAACAAUUGUACCCAGCAUUUUAUUUCCACCCCAGGAAUAGCUCAAUCGGCUAAAUUUCUACUUUUGUUUUAUACUAUGUUGUUUCCCUCUUACAGAAAAUGGAUCUGGACAGCAAGAGUCAGAAAAUACUCUUCUGCAAAAGGUGAACUGUUUGGAUUAUUGUAUUUACAGGGGGGGAAAUGUGUAUUUAAUGUUAACAUUUUUGUAGCAUCAGCUCUGCUUUUUAAAAACAUUAAACGCUCACCCUGGGUGCUUGCAUCUGAAAGUUUUAUUUGCAAAGAGCUUGCUGAAGUUUGGCAAGCAGGUAGAUGGCAACAGUGUUUCUUUACGUAUUGAGCUUUCCUCUAGAAAAGGUAAGUCCAGAUUAAAUGGGAGAAAUACACAAGCUGACAUUUCGAUGGUAACCAUACAGUGGUACCUCAGGUUAAGUAUUUAAUUCGUUCCAGAGGUCUGUUCUUAACCUGAAACUGUUCUUAACCUGAAGCACCACUUUAGCUAAUGGGGCCUACCGCUGCUGCUGCGCCACUAGAGCACGAUUUCUGUUCUCAUCCUGAAGCAAAGUUCUUAACCUGAAGCACUAUUUCUGGGUUAGCGGAGUGUGUAACCUGAAGCGCAUGUAACCUGAGGUACCACUGUAUUGUGUUGAUGAUGCAAAAAACUUGCAUACACGAGGAGCACCCAUCUCACACAAAAAAACCCCACCUCUGCAAGCACCCACUUCCUUAAGCGAAGAAGCUUUUAUUCAUGAUGUGGAAGACAUGUUAAAAAUAAUAAUAGUAAUGAAGUUGUGCUACUGUUAGCAGUAACAAUCAUGGUUUAACACUUUUGAAACUUAUUUUCUCCUUUUCUAAAACAAACAAACAGGACAAAGGAAUAUUGAAAAAGUCCUUGUGGCAAAUAGAGGUGAAAUAGCAUGCCGAGUGAUGCGGACUGCCAGGAAGAUGGGAGUGAAAUCUGUGGCCGUUUAUAGUGAUGCUGACAGGAAUUCAAUGCAUGUAGCAAUGGUAAAACGCACAUUCGUUAAAACAUGUAAGGGGCCAACCCUGAAAACCCUGUGAAGAAGCGGAAUUAAGUUGAACGUGCAAAGCUGAUUUAAACUGAGUCAGAUUGUUGUUCCAGAUGAAACUGGGUUGUCUGCUCCUCCUCCCCUCCAUGUGGCAGAUUUGUACCCCAGAGUUUGCAGGCGUCAGCUUUCCGAUUGUAUAUUGAAGUGACAUCUUUUCUUUUAAAAGAAAGGGACAACUGAACUUGGAAGAAACAGAAAAUGCUUGUACAGUCAUACCUUGGUUUUCAAACAACUUAGUUCUCAAACCUUUUGGCUCCUGAAUGCCACAAACCUGAAAGUGAGUGUUCCAGUUUGCAAACUAUUUUUGGAAGCCGAACAUCCGAUGGAGCUUCUGCAGCUUCCAAUUGGCUGCAGGAGCUUCCUACAGCCAAUCAGAAUCCGCGCUUUGGUUUCCGAACAUUUUGGAAGUCGAAUGGACUUCCAGAACGGAUUCCGUUCAACUUCCAAGGUACGACUGUAGUAAUUAAUGCAAACAUUUCCACAUCUGGAAACUAAUGACUCAGUCCUGCUUUAUUUGUAUCUAGCCUUAUUCCAGUUCCCCAGAAUAUGUUGGAAAGCCAAUAUACAGAUUUAUUCUUAAUUAUAUUGCAGACUCAAGUUAAGGGCUCUUUCUUUUAAAUUUUCAGACCUACACAGUUUCUUAUGUAUAAGUCUCUGUAUACUCAGUGGAACUCAAAGUAGUCUAUAAAUUCUGAUUCAAUUGCGGUUCUGCUGUUUAAGGUCCCCCCCCCUAAAAAGGCGUCUUGGAAUGUAGCUCUAAAAUUAGCUGUUCUGCAAUUGUCUGAAAUGUAGCCAAAUAAUAAUGUAAACACAGGUCCCUUUAUUUCAUUACAGGCAGAUGAAGCGUAUUUCAUUGGCCCAGCACCAUCUCAGCAAAGUUACCUGUCCAUGGAAAAGAUAAUGCAGGUGGCCAAAAAGUCAGCAGCGCACGUAUGUAUUAUAAUUCGCUUCUUCAUUCAACCUGCUUAUACAUGUAUUUUUAAAUGGAUGUCAACUCUGGAUGCUAUUCAGUAUUGAGUUUUACGGGGCAGCCAAGGCCUUAGGAGCAACUUAGCACAGAGUUUUGUAGUUCCACAAUUGAAGAGAUUCUCAGCAUGGUAAAUGUGGGGUCCUGCAUGCAUCAUUUCAACAGUUAGAAAGACAUGAACUUCACUUUAAAUCAGAAAAUUUUCCUUGGAUCCCCCACAAGACAUUAGGGGUUGCCUUCCUGUUCGCUUUUGCCUUUCUCCACUAAAGCUACUUGUGUGGCUCAUCUGAACUUUACGGAGAGUGUGUUCUCUCAUGUGCUCCUCCUUGUGUACCUAAAUCAGCAGGAGAGGCCCUGCUUCAUAAUGCCUUGCGCGUUGCUGAGGGGAAGUUGGUGAGGAUAUGGGACGGGACUUCAUUUGUGAUGGCACACAGAUUGUGGAAUUUGCUUCCACACAAGGUCCACCUGACUCCCUCCUUAGUGUUUUCCACCAGAAGCCAAGGAUAUCUUAGAAUAAUAGAAUCCCAGAAUCAUAAAAUUGUAGAGUUGGAAGGGACCCCAAGGGUCAUCUAAUCCAACCCCCUGCAAUGCAGGAAUAUUUUGCUCAACGUGAGGCUGGAAUCCACAAUCCUGAGAUUUUGAGUCUCAUCCUCUAAUCUUAAUCAUGAGCUUUCCCAUUCAGCUAAAACAUUGCUAUUUUCUUUUGACUCUGAUAUUCCAGUUGGUUUUGUUUGUUUAUACAUUUGCUGGUAUUUUAGCUUUCAUUUUAAGUUUGUAAGGUUGUAUGUCUAGCUUUUUAAAAAAGAAAAUAGAAAACAUGGAUUGUGUGUUUAUUUCAUAGGUUUGUUGUUUUAUUUUGCUGCUUUGAAUGCCCGUUUGGUGGAGAAAGCUGUAAACAAAUGGUUCAAAUUAAUUAUUAGGGCUUUAGCUACAUAGGGAUCUGCUUUAUACCAGAUCAGAUUUCUUCUCCAUCCAACUCAGCAUCAUCUGCUUUGACCAACAGCAUCUCUCCAGGCAGAGGACUUUCCUACCACCUUCUAAUGAGAGAUGCCAGGAACUGAACCUAAGUUAUUCCACAUGCAUUGAGCUGUGGUCAUUUCCCAUAAAGCUGAGCUAGGGAAGGCUGUGUUCUUGCAGCACUGCUGAUGCUCCUGCGGUGUUCUGCGCUUGGGCAGAGCUUAGUAGUUGCAUCCAGCGUCCUGGUCACACUUCAAUGACGCAACAUGUGCUAACUGAAGCAAAUGAAAAUUUGUGCAUUAGAUAUAAUAGUAUAGAACUUCGUGUGCCAUAAGCCACAGGCAUAGGCAAACUCGGCCCUCCAGAUGUUUUGGGACUACAACUCCCAUCAUCCCUAGCUAAUAGGACCAGCGGUCAGGGAUGAUGGGAGUUGUAGCCCCAAAACAUCUGGAGGGUUGAGUUUGCCUAUGGCUGCCAUAAGCAGUUAAUAAAACGGUAUUUCCAGUAUCCAAGCCUAGAACUUGAUUCUACGUUCCUCACUGACUUUCAAAGAAAGCUACAAGAAACCAAGGCAGACUGUGGAGCAUCAGAAUGUCCUUCUGAUUAACAAUAUCCUUCAGAUAUUAGGUCACUGGAUUUGGGGCUCUGUGCAGCUUCUGAAAUAGUUAAUUGAGGGAAAGCUCAUGCAGGGCACUGUGAGACCUUCCAGUCUCAUACAAUAUGCCCUUGAUACUUCCUGUUUUAGGCUAUCCAUCCAGGCUAUGGCUUCCUGUCAGAAAACACAGAGUUUGCAGAGCUCUGCAACAAAGAAGGAAUCAUUUUUAUAGGUCCUCCUUCAUCUGCCAUCAGAGAUAUGGGCAUUAAGAGGUACUCUGUUUUGCUUCACGGCUAAACCUUUUUGUACAGGGAUGUUUACUAUAAUGGUUAAGAUGGUUUUGGGUCUGACUGUGAUGGUGCUUUACCAACCUAGUGCUCGCCAGAAGUUUUGGACUACAAUUCCCAUCAGCCCCAGGUGCUGCAGCUGAUGGGAGUUGUAGUCCAGAGUGUCUGGAGGUUACCCAGUUUGGGCAAGGCUGCCUUGUGUUUGGGCUCCCCCAUCCCCUCUUCUGUAUGUGCAAUGAAUUAAGCCUACAGCGUUGUCACUGGUCUGUGGGAAUGACCACAAAGUGAUAUGGUGAACCUCAGCAUGGAAGGAAAUCUGACUGUGUACAAGGCUGUAGAGCAAGACUAGAAUCAAGUUUCAAAGUGUGACAUGGCACUUUUCUUACGCAAGCAUAAAAUUUGCACUUUUUGAAUUUAGCCCUCAUAGAGUUGUGGGAAGAACUCUAUAAAGAAAAAGAAAACAAACAGGAAUUUCCCAUCUGCUAAAACUGUUGUAAAUCUCAUGGGCUGAUCAGAUAAGCAUUUUAUAUGCUGCAAGUUCUAGUUUGCCCCCUUGUGGCUUCCCAGCAUGCAUACAUGGCAAAGGAUACAGUUCCUUUCUGUAUGAGAAAAUUGUCAUGUUGGUAGCAGUCCUAGAUUGUGGGAAUAAAAUGCAGACGAUGAGAUGUGUAACAAUAAGCCCUCACUGACAUUGCCACUGAGUAUUGAAAAAUAUUCUUUUGAAGCACUUCCAAAGCUAUCAUGUCUGCUGCCGGGGUUCCUGUUGUCGAAGGUUACCAUGGUGAAGAUCAGUCUGACAAUUGCUUGAAAGAGCAAGCCAGAAGAAUAGGGUAUCCAGUCAUGAUCAAAGCAGUUCGUGGAGGUGGAGGAAAGGUAAGGGCAAAGGAAUUUGAUCCUCAGCUGAUCUACUGUACAAACAGAACAGAGCAAAGAUCUUCAGCUCCAGUAAAUGAAUGCUUAAGGUGUAAUGUGCCAAUCACUGUGCCAGCCUGACAUCUUGGACCCUGGUCACGCUACAAAGUUAUCCUAUAUGCCAAGGGUGGCUAAUCUGUGGUCCUCCAGAUGUUGCUACACCACAACUCCCACCAGCUUCAGCUGGCAUGGUCAAUGGUUAAGGAUGAUGGGAGCAGUUUUAGCCACAUCUGGAGGACCACAGAAUAGUCAGUCCUGCUGUGCAUUAAUAGUGAACUCAACCUCUUUGUGAGAAUCUAUGUAUUCAAACAGCACCAUUCAUAUUCAGGUUUGCAGGAAUACAAAAAAAAUAAAAAUAAAACCCUCAUUGGGGGGAACCUAAAGGGACACGGGUGGCGCUGUGGGUUAAACCACAGAGCCUAAGGCUUGCCAAUCAGAAGGUCGGCGGUUCAAAUCCCCUCGAUGUGGUGAGCUCCCAUUGCUCGGUCCCUGCUCCUGCUAACCUAGCAGUUCGAAAGCAACAUCAAAGUGCAAGUAGAUAAAUAGGUACCGCUCUGGCGGGAAGGUAAAUGGCAUUUCCGUGCGCUGCUCUGGUUCGCCAGAAGCGGCUUAGUCAUGCUGGCCACAUGACCCAGAAGCUGUAUGCCGGCUCCCUCGGCCAAUAAAGCGAGAUGAGCGCUGCAACCCCAGAGUUGGCCACGACUGGACCUAAGGGUCGGGAUCCCUUUACCUUUAAAGGGGUUGGGGGCAGGGGCAAGCAUGCAACAGGACUUCAGAAGCUGCCUAAUGAGGACUAUGGCUGCUCAGUGGGCACAGAAUGCUGACAGGGGGACAGAAACAGAAAACCAGGGAGGCGCAGGAAUGGCGUGUCCUGGAAAAGACAUGAUGACUAGCUGACUGGUGGAAGCAUGAGCCAGAGCACUCCAUGUUGCAACAUUUGCAUGUGGGCCUCAGUUGUCUUUUAUCCUUAUUUAAAUUGCUAGCUGUCAUCUCUCCAUUAGCACCAGGGCUUGUUGUUGUUGUUUAGUCGUUUAGUCAUGUCCGACUUCGUGACCCCCUGGACCAGAGCCCCGCCAGGCACUCCUGUCUUCCACUGCCUCCCGCAGUUUGGUUAAACUCACGUUAGUAGCUUUGAGAACACUGUCCAAUCAUCUCGUCCUCUGUCGUCCCCUUCUCCUUGUGCCCUCAAUCUUUCCCAACAUCAGGGUCUUUUCCAGGGAGUCUUCUCUUCUCAUGAGGUGGUCAAAGUACUGGAGCCUCAGCUUCAGGAUCUGUCCUUGCAGUGAGCACUCAGGGCUGAUUUCCUUCAGAAUGGAUAGGUUUGAUCUUCUUGCAGUCCAUGUGACUCUCAAGAGUCUCCUCUAACACCAUAAUUCAAAAGCAUCAGUUCUUUGGCAGUCAAACUUCUCCAAGGCUGAAUUACUUGGUUUCAUACAACUUCGCCACAAUGCAUGUUUUGACCAUGGCGGUAAUGCACCUAAUAGGAAAGCGUGAGACAGUGGUUGCCAGUCUGGACCCUCCUCAAAGUUAUUACAACUAUAUGUUAUGUGCUCAGUGGCACCUGAACAGUAGCUGAUUCAAAGUUAGUACUUAUUAGUACUAGUAUUAGUUAGUGAGUGAUGCAUCCAUAUUGUAAACCAACCUAGCAAAAAAGGAUUUGGGACAUCCUAUUGUUUUUCACUCACUAAUUUUUGCUCAGUAUUAUUCUAAUAUACUGGUUUUAUCACACCGUAGGGCAUGAGAAUUGCUCUUUCCGAAAAGGAGUUUAAGGAACAAUUGGAAUCAGCCAGGAGAGAAGCCAAGAAGUCUUUCAACGACGAUGCCAUGCUGAUAGAGAAAUUUGUAGAUAAUCCACGGUAACCAAACCAUCCAUCUGCUUGUAAUCUCUUUAAUGAGUUUGUAGAACGAAAGUAGGAGAAUUGAUGGGGGGUGUCUCUGAGUGUGCGUCCUACGGCAGGUGAAGCAUCAGCCGUGAAUUUGCCCCCCCCCCAAAAAAAAUCUCAGAAAAGCAUGUUCGGGACAUUUGGUAGGUGCACAGCACUCCUGCUGCCCUGGAAAAUCCAGCCCUGGCUGGAGGGAGGUCAAAGCUUGGGUGGCUGUUGGGGUGUUGAGCAAGGGAAACUGAAGAUGCCUGAUAGACUAUUUCCCUCGAGCUCUUGGGGCAUGGCACUGACCUCCCCUUGCUGGGUGAAGAAUUUAUGAUAGUAAGAGAUGCAGCUAUCUCACCCACCCCCCAAACCUCUUUCUCUUAUCACUUUUUCCCACUUCAAGUUACUUGCAGACCACAAUGUAUAGUACUGUAUAUUUUAAAAGUAGCAAUGACUAUCUAUUUAGAAGGCAUAUUGCUGGGUUGUAUGGUGCAUGCUACAGUAGACUUCACUACAGUAUAAAAUAUUUCAGGGUUAUAGUGAUCUCUCUAAUCCGAGUUAACAAUUGUGAAGCCCCCUUAAAGCAACUGCAAAUCACAGGUCCUUCAAUAUAACAGUUGUGAGAACAAAACUUACAUACACUGAGAAAGCAGGCAAUAAUAGUUUAUUUAUAUUUGUAUACUUCGUUAUCCGGUAGGCUCGUGACACAUCAUGUGUGAAAAUGCAUUCUGAAGUGUGGAAUAUUGAUUCCAAUAUAUUAGUGAUAAUUAUUCUGGAAUAUACUCUGGCCCUAUAGACAUAUAUAGUUGUGACAGUGCAAAGUGUAGCUUGCUAUCAAAACUUCCUAAAGGGGGCACUUUAAGUUCCAGGAUAACAGUUUACUACAAUGCAGAUCACAUGCUUGGUUGUCUUUCAGAUCCUUCCAUUCAUUUAGGGUUUUUAGCACAAGUUAACAAGUCAAGACCUAGUAUGUGAUAUUGCAAACAUCAGACACAUUGACCUUGUUCUGAAUUGCUGAUUGAAAUCUAGAUCUCUCUGAUAACUUACUACUAUUUAAAAACAAAAGUGUGCUUUUGAUAAAUGUUUGCUUAAGUGCACAGACCUUCCUUUUCCUAGAAUAUGAUGUUAGAGAUUAGCAUGUUUAAAGUUAUUUUAAGUAUGAUGAAGGGUAGAAGAAAACACUGAUCUUCCUGAAGUUUAACAUUGUUUCCAAUUCUGAAAAAUAAAAUUAUCUUUAAUAUAUGAUAGGUUGUGCUAGUUGUCUUGAAGUGGCACAGACUACCGUGAUGGAAUAAUGCACUUUGCUCUUUAAAAAAAUGGCACUAAUGCUUCAUUGGCACUGAUGCACAUGAACCUUUAUUCAUUAAUAUUUACAUCUGAACCUUUAUUUGUUAAUUUUUACACCCGAAACAGGCAUGUAGAAGUUCAGGUAUUUGGAGACCAGCAUGGCAAUGCAGUUUAUCUGUUUGAAAGAGAUUGUAGUGUACAGAGAAGACAUCAGAAAAUUAUUGAAGAAGCUCCAGGGGUGAGUGACUAGUUUCUGAAAAGGUGAUUGAAAUAGAUGUAAGUGCCUUUUUUGGUUUACUUUAUUAACAUAUUUUUUGUUUUUCACAUGUGAUACCAAUGGCUUCUUGGUAUAGAUUAUUAUUUUUUGCAAAAUAUAAUACGAGUUUCAGAGACACCCAAACACUUCUAACAUAGGAUUUUGUGUGUGGUUGUUGUUUUUUUAACCACAUUGAGUUUGGAAAUCAUGAUUGCUACCCCAGUAUCCUGUUGCUAAACUGUAUAGCACAUGCACACACUUCUGAAACUACUAGAGAAGCUACUUUUUCUGGAAUGUUCUGUUAGUUUAUCUGGGGUAUUCUGAGCUACCUAAGCUAUUCCUGAAAUGUGUUUUAUACUGGUGAUGCCUCAUUGGUUCCACCAUGUCUCUAUUAUGUUCAGCUUACUGAUGACUUUGUAACUUAUAAAGUAGCACUCAGUGCGUUGGCAGCUAAGAAGAUCAGGAGGAAAGAACUAGAUAAAAUAGCGGUCAACUGCAAAGGGGAUUCGGAUACAGUAUUUAAUUUGGCACAUUUUACUAGAGAAUCUUCUGCUAUUCUGCUUUAUGCAACAAACAAUCUUAGUAGUUGUGACCGUGGUUUAUAUUGUAUGUGUGGUGCCUGAUGAUUUUUAUGGUUAUUGCUGUUUUUCCUUUUGUUAUUUUUCUGAAUGAUGCCAUGGCCUAUGGCUAGAGCAAUAAAAGUCUAUGAUGAUGAUGAUGAUUAUGUUCAGCAUGUGGUUCCAGAAGACUUUAUUUAUUUAAGCCUUCCGUCAACAUGCUUAUAUUUAAAGGGGCUGGAUAUUUUUCUUUACAGGUUUUUUAAAUCAUAAGAGUACAGUUAGGUGAUCUGUUCUGGUACAGCUUCUCUGUGAGGUUCAUCUUAUGUAGAUGAAAUGUGGCUUGAAUAACUGCAUGUGAAAAGAAGAGGGUUUUUUAAAAAAAUCUGUUUUUCCCCAGAUAGAUGAUACCUGCAUGCAAGCACAUAAAUGUGGUAUAAAUGUAGUAACAUCAUUUCAACCUUUUCUUAGCCAGGAAUUAAGCCUGAAAUAAGAAGGAAACUUGGAGAGGCAGCUGUCAGGGCAGCUAAAGCUGUGAACUAUGUUGGAGCAGGUAUUGCAAACUUAACUUCCUUUUAGUGCUGUAUUUAGUUUCACAUAUGUUUCACAUAUGUACCCAUAGUUUCACAUAUGUACCCAUAUGGGAGGCAUGUUUAGAGGAAGGCUGCUUUAAGUAGAAUGGUAGAGUUUAUAAAGUGAUUCUAGCUCUAAUUUGGGUGGUUAAAAUUCUAAACUGCAAAGGAAGGAUUAGAAAAACACCACCCAGAAUAAUAUUGUCUGUACAUUUAUUUAUUUUUUCAAUCUAGACGUGAAGUCUGCAGCCACAGAUUUAGCUAGCUAUUUUAAGUGAACAUGUAAAGGUCACUCAUCUUUAUCUUUGUGGCUCUUGGCUGUGUGUUCCCUUUCUCUCUGCCCUUUCAUUCCUUGUUGCCUUUCCCCUCUCAGUCUCCUGUCUUUUGGCUUUCUUUUCAUGCCCUUCAUAAUUCCCUGCACCUUGUACUUUUAUUUUCCUGGGAUGUUAAGCCCAGACACUGAGAUCCAGCGCCGAGGGCCUUCUGGUGGUUCCCCCACUGCGAGAAGUGAGGUUACAGGGAACCAGGCAGAGGGCUUUCUUGGUGGUGGCUCCCGCCCUGUGUAACGCCCUUCCAUCAGAUGUCAAGGAAAUAAGCAACUAUCCUACUUUUAAAAGACAUCUGAAGGCAGCCCUGUUUAGGGAAGUUUUUAAUGUUUAAUGCUGCAUUGUGUUUUUAAUAUUUGAUUGGGAGCCGCCCAGAGUGGCUGGGGAAAUAUUAUUAUUAUUAUUAUUAUUAUUAUUAUUAUUAUUAUUAUUAUUUUCUGCCUCACUGCUUCUGUCCGGAAUAAGGGAAGCUCAGCCAGCCACUGGCCCAAUUGCACGCCAUUCUAAGCCAAACCAUGACUUAGCACGAAUUUGCUGCCUUUCAAGGAGGAUAUCACAACUACUUUCCUUUCCCAGGGGUUUUUAAGUCCGUGCAGUGCAGCAGCUAAGCCCAGGUUUGACUUAGUGUGUCAUUCAAAGCCAGGCUCGUGGUUGAGACAGUGUGGUGUAGUGGUUAAGAGCGGUAGACUCCUAAUCUGAUGAACCGGGUUCACAUCUCCACUCCUCCACAUGCAGCUGCUGUGUGACCUUGGGCUAGUCACACUUCUUUGAAGUCUCUCAGCCCCACUCACCUCACAGAGUAUUUGUUCUGGUGAAGGAAGGGAAAGGAGAAUGUUAGCUGCUUUGAGACUCCUUAGGGUAGUGAUAAAGCGGGAUAUCAAAUCCAAACUCCUCCUCCUCUUGAGAUCUCUUCUCCUUAACCAUGAUCUGUAGCUAAAGCUUGUCCUAUGGUUUGUUCUAUGGUUGCAGGUUAUGGUUUGAAAGGCAUGCUGUGCCAAACUUUGGCUGUCCUGCACUGUCCCCAAAUGCCCAGGGAGGGGCAAAGUGACUGCAAGCUUCUCUUCUGAAGCCAGCUUGUUUGUGUGGUCACAGUAAGCCAGAAUCUGAAUAGGUUUAAGACUGCAUUUGACUGAGAAAUAUUUCCACUGGAUUAGGGUGUUAUACCUCCUGGAGGGUUUCCAAGCUGUGGUUUUGGAUCAGGUUUUUAAAAAUAUAGUUAAGAUGCUUCAUAUCAACAACAGACAGCAAACUCUGUGGAUCAGUGGGACUUUGUUUAGAGAAAGCAUUUCCACUGCUAUUAAAUGUACCAAUCUUAAAUAUUUCAGGAACAGUGGAAUUUAUUAUGGAUAGUGAACAUAAUUUCUAUUUCAUGGAGAUGAACACCAGGCUGCAAGUGGAGCACCCAGUUACUGAGAUGAUCACUGGGACAGACUUGGUAGAGUGGCAACUUAAGGUAAGGGCUUAUGAGGGCAGCAUCCAUAGGAACAUAGGAAGCUGACUUAUACUGAGCCAGACCCUUGGUCCUUCUAAUUCAGAAUUGUCAGUGCUUAUUGGCGGAAGCUCUCUAUAGAGUUUCAGACUGUGGGCAUUCCCAACCCUACCUGAAGGUGGUGGGGAUUGAACCAGGGACUUUGUGCAUGCCAGUAAGAUGCUCUGCCUUUGCCUCCAUUUGAAGCCAAGCAUUGCUUUUUACCAGGAGCGUGGGAAGGUUUCUCCUUGGGACAGUGAAUUCUCACUCUUUCUGUCUGGGCUGAAGCUAAAUUGGGCAUUGAAUGAGAGUAUGUAAAUGCAGUAAUAUUAGAAGAUAAGGAUUCAUCAAGAACGGCACAUGGGAAGUCACUUGAACAAAAUUGUAUUAAUUGGGAAAUAUUUUGUAUAAUUAGGUUGAGAUCUGGAAAAUCAAUAAAAAUAAUUGGCAAAAACGUGAACGAGGAUCUGGGAUAGACUUGCUUCAAGUUAUUCCACUGUGUGAGUGCUUUCCCACACAACGUUUGCUACAGUCUGACAUGAGAAUUAAAAAUGGGAAGGAUUAGCUAGUUGCAGGUAUUAUAGAAUUCAAUCUGUUGCUCUGUAGAUGGUUUGUGAAUGAGAGUUUAAAGCAGGAAUUGCCAACCUUCUUUUCUGUCUGCUGUACAGCUGUCAAAGGCACAAGAACCCUCUUUUUUUGUGCAGUGUAAACCCUAAACCUCAAAUACCUCAAGGAUUUCUACUACUCAGAUUUUGCUGCGUGAUUUUUUUGUGAUUCCUUGAUACCCUCACAGUCCAAAGACACUAUUCUCAAUCCUGUAGAAAAAGCAAAACUCUUUUUCUUUACAGGUUGCUUCAGGGGAGAAGAUUCCUUUGACUCAGGAAGAGAUCUCUCUUAAUGGACAUGCUUUUGAAGCUAGGAUCUAUGCCGAAGAUCCAAACAACAACUUCAUGCCGGGGGCUGGACCCUUAUUGCAUUUGUCUACACCGCCCUCUGACAGUUGCACCAGGAUAGAAACCGGGGUAAGACAAGGUAAACUGAACCUCCUUGCUGCAAAUUAGUGUCAGGGAUAUUCUUUUCGCUUUAAGGGGGCGAUCGUAGUUUCAAAAGCAAAGGGGAUGGUUUACUAGUCUACCCUUUGCCUUGACCAGGUUUUCCAUACCUGACUAAAGGAAGUAACGGGGUACGAACUGACUCCUUUUUAAGUUACUCAUUCUGGCAAAUUGCUUCCCCAACUCUUCCUAUUUCAGGGGAUGAGGUUUCUAUAUACUAUGACCCAAUGAUUGCCAAGUUAGUCGUUUGGGCAGAGGAUCGUCAAGCAGCGUUAAGGAAAUUAAGAUACUGCCUUCGGCAAUAUAAUGUAAGUACAGACGACAUUAUGAUUUAUAAAGUUUGGGCCCUAUCCAGUGCUUUUCCUCUGGGGGGACGCAGGGGUACGCGUACCCCUAAACAUUUUGUGUUGCCCUGACCAACAGACCAGCUGUCUCUGCAGUAGCAGCACGGACUGGACAUUUGUCAUUCUCCCGGCUGGUGUCCAGGGAGGGGAGUCUGGGGCAGCCGUGGUGGAGGUGAUGGCAGUCCUCCUCCUUCUCCUCCUGCCGGGCUAGAGCCAGCCAGUGAGUGCUUGUCCCUCCUUGUUCAAGCCAACCCCGCCAUCGCCAUCGUUCAAGCUCCGCCACCUUGAGUCCCUCGUCUGGGGGUUGGGGGGGGAGGAAGAGGGGGAGCAGCCAAAAUGAGAGUACCCCUAAACAUUUUUAAAGAAAAAAAGCACUGGUCCUCUCUGAUAAAGUAGGGGAGGGAGACCUGUGGCCUUCCGGAUGUUCUUGGACCUCAUCUCCCAUCAUCUGUGACUAUGCCUGUUGGAGCACGUGACUGCGGCAAAUGGCUUGCCUUCACCUGGUGUGCUUUCUUUGUUCCCUUUCCCUCGGCAGAUUGUAGGGCUAAGCACCAAUGUUGAUUUCUUGCUGGACCUCUCAGGCCACCCGGAGUUUGAGGCUGGAAAUGUUCACACCAAUUUUAUCCCACAACAUUACGAUGAGCUAUUUCCACCCAAAGAGGCAAUAUCUGAAGUGGCCUUAUGCCAGGCAGCGCUUGGACUCAUACUGAGGGAGAAAAUUGUGACCGACACUUUCAGAAUGCAAUCAGGAGGUAGGCUUGAGGCAUCUUUGGCUUUUUAGAAUCCUUUCCGUUACAGGGAAGAAUGUGCCGUGUGUGUCUACUCUCCCUCCGUCCUCCUCUCUCUCCCCCUCUCUCUCUUUCUUUUAUUUAUUUGUUUCACAUUCAUAAGCAACAAUUUUCCAGAUCCUAUAAUUGCUUACAAGCAGAAUUCUCUGCUUGAAAGAGCUCCCCCAUUCAUUUCAGUGGAGCAUUAACUGAAUCUUUCUCCCUCCAUUUUUUAUAUUCCAGAUAAGUUCUCUCCAUUUGCAUCCAGCAGUGGAAGAAGAAUAAAUAUACCUUACGUUAGAAACCUGACUCUUUUAGAUGGUGAAAAUAGUAAGUGACUUAGUUCUGAAUGCCAAGAAUUUGAGUGGCAAUCUUUAUUCUAUAGCUGAGGAGGACAAAGAGACAUACAAGAGUACAAUAAUUCAAAAUGCCGUUCUUUUUAUGUACAUUGGAUUGAUUUAUAUAGAUCACUUGGCAUGUACUUAAACUGCAAGCAUGGCUUUUUGUUUUCUUUGUUACUUUCAUCAGAGCUGCCCCAUAUUUCCUGGUUGUUUUUGCAAAGACCUGUUUUGUUCAUGCUGUUCAACAUUCUCAAAACUUCGGGAAGCAGGGCUUGCCACUACUGCAUGCUUACAUAGGAUUAGAUGUGCCCUAGGUAUAAUACUGAGGGAUUUUAGUAUUUUGUGGGAGCACUCAGGGCUGAUUUCCUUCAGAAUGGAUAGGUUUGUGGGAGACCUUUUUUGUGCUAAGGGCUGCUUCACCCUGCUGGAAAGCUGUUGGGAGGCUACAUAUAUGUUUCAGUGUUGGAUGCACAGUCACACACCCUUAACACAUGCACAGGCACACAGACAGGCACAUAGUCAUAUAUGCACAGAAAGCUAUUUCCCGUGAAAACUCUACUCAAGUUUCACAUUCUGUUUUCUCUAAAGUUUCUGAAAAGAAAGGAAGUUCUCCAACACCCUUCCCUGCCCUGACAUGCAAAAAGAACUCAGUUGUCUAAGCAGCACAUCUGAACCACGACCCCUCUCUUAAAACAAUACAUUUCAGGAUGCAGUUGCAUCCUAAAAAUUGAUGGCAUGCAGUUGCUCUUUUGCAAAAUGGCAUGCAGUUGCUUUUUUGCACGCUUGCAAGGGGCCACAAUUCAAGACUAAGCCCUAGAAGGCCUGCUUCUGCAUUGACACCAAGUGGUCAUCUGCAACUGGCAGUGACUUCUCAGAAGUUCUUAAAGAUCAGCUUGGCCUGUAUUGGGGAAUGUGGCCUUCUAGGUAGCCUAGUCCUAAGUUGUUUAGGGCUUUAACUGCUAACAACAAAACAUUGAACAUGGCUCAGUAGCUGACAGGUAGCCAGUGCAUAUCUAAUACAGUGGUACCUCUAGUUACGAACUUAAUUCAUUACGGAGGUCUGUUCUUAAUCUGAAACUGUUCUUAACUAGAGGUGUGCUUUCCUAAUGAGGCCUCUUGCUGCCGCUGCGCCACCGGCACACGAUUUCCGUUUCUCAUCCUGGGGCAAAGUUCUCAACUCGAUUUAACUCUUACAGGUUAGCAGAGUUUGUAACCUGAAGCAUUUGUAACUCGAGGUACCACUGUACGUGUAAAGCUGUGUCUCCCACUGAGCAACCUAGCAGCUACAUUUUGUACUUUUCGGCCACUUCUGAACCAGGUGCAAGGGCAACCUCACGUUAGUUUAAUUGUGAAUCACUGUAGCGGCACAGUAUGGCAGAAGGUGGAAGGUGACAAAGGGAACAAGGAGCCCACACUUGUGGAGAAUGGGGAGAGAGAGUGGAGGUGAAACUACUUAGAGCUUUCAACGGAUAAAUGGCAUACAAAUUUUAAAAAUAAAGAUAAAUGGAGAGGAGGUGAGCGACUUCAAAGUGGUGCGGCUCAAUUGGAUGUGCAUUAUUUUUGGGUUUUAAUUCCUCCUCUCCCCUAAAAAAAAACCCCACCAAAAAACCACUUGGAAGUAAUUUAAAUCUUUAUUUUCUAACAGAAGUGAAUAUGACCGUAACCUACAAUCAUGAUGGAUCAUAUGACAUGCAGGUAAACGUCCUCUAUGUAAUUUGAGUGACUUUUUCUGUGUAGUUUUUUGCAAAUCCUUUGUGGCCUAUAUGUAUUUGACCCAAUCCCAUCUCUGUGGACUGAGACAAAUAGGAUAGAGUUUCUAAGGAGCUUAUGGGUGCCUUUUUCCAUAUUGGUGAGUCUUAAUGUUUUCUCCUGUCACCCACCUUUGGAAUACAGCAUGAUCUCUCCAUCUCCCAAGCUUAUUUCCUCAAAAGCGGUACCUGGACCAGGGAGUUAAAAUCCUGUAUUCCUGCAUUGCAAGAGGUUGGCCUAGAUGACCCUCAGGAUACCUUCCAAUUGUGUGAUGCUAUGUAAUUGUAUUUCAGAUACAGAAUAAAUCUUUCCAUGUUUCUGGAGAUCUUUCGAGUGAUGGUGAUUUGGAUUGCAUAAGAUGUUCAGUAAACGGAGUUGUUCAUAAAUCCAAGGUGGUGAUUUUGGGCGACGCCAUUCACCUCUUCUCACCGGUAAUAUUUUCUACUUAAUUUAUCUGGAGAAUAAAUUCACAGCCAGGGAAAUGAGUGGUUUUUUUUUAAAAAAGGGAAACAAUUACAGAUCUGGAUACAUCUAUUUACAUUUGGGAGAACAGGGACUGAAUGUGUGGCUCUAAACUUUUAUGUAAGCAGCCCAUAAUAUUCUUGUAACACUUGAAAAUUCAUAGCUUUAAUUAGUAGCUAAGGCUAAUUAGUUGAUACUGAACUGUUCAGUGAAUAAAUUGGCUUGUAAAGCUAAAUGCCUCACAUCUUUAAGUCAUAAGGAUGGGGAGUUGGGGCAUGGAUCUUAAAAUUUAAAAGGAUAUCCUAAAUGACUAGAUCUCUGUGUAAGCUCCUGUGAAUCAGGGCUUCAAUAUUUGAAAUGUAUUCAUGAGGAAUUACACAUUUUUAAUCCAGCCCAUUCAUAUUCAUGCUUUAUAUCAUUUCCAAAAUAUGUGUUGGCUUAGACUCGCAUCCUUUUCAUACAUUAUUGUUAUUGCUAUAUCUUGGAAGUAAGUUAAGUCUAAGUAGGCUUGGGAAGUAAAUUCAAAAUAAGGUAACAAAUUACCUUGGUGUUUUCUGAAUUACAUUGACAACCUCCUUUAUAAGAAGGAAUAUUCUGUUGGUGGUCUCAGAAGGCUGCUUUUUCAGUAAAAAGUGAUUAAAGGGAAUUAAAAUGGUUCUCUUAGUGAACAUCAUGUAAACUCCUUGUCAAUAAAUCAAGUGUUUAAUGUCCAUCCUAGUUACACCUGUCAUUUCAGGAUGUGGAAAAUAUAGGUUUGUACCAGCUGUAAAAAGUGUUGUUGCGCUCAUCUGUUCUUGGCGUAUUUUUAUUUUCUCCAGGAAGGUAGUGAGCAGAUUGGUCUUCCUGUGCCAAAGUAUUUAUCCGGAGUGGGUUCAGUUGGAGAUCAGGGUGGGGCUGUGGCCCCCAUGACGGGGACAAUAGAAAAGGUAAUUCUGGAGGGAUCUGUGUGUGGGUGUGGCAGAGCUUUUUCUCUUUGUAAACUGCUUUACAGGUUUUUAAAAACAAUUGGCAUAUGAAUUUUAUGAAAUAAAUAAAUAUAUGAGGCGCAUUGCCCUUUUGUACCAAAGGUGAUGCAUUGAUGUGUCCUGCGGGUUUCACUCCUGGUUACUUAUCAUCCUUCCCUACUCUAGAGUGUGGUUGCCUUCAGUAGAUUGCUGCUUACUUUGCAACUAGCCGCUUCCUUUAAGCUCCUCUGCUGAAGAAUCUUGAGGAAUUGCGGCAAAUUCUGGAGCAUGUUCUCACUUCAUGCAAGGCAAUUAGCAGGUCUUUUGAGUCUCCCCCCCCCUCCCCCAUGUGAACUGAGAAUAUGGCCAGGAACACACUAGUCUCCCAUGCAUGUAUGGAAGACACGUAGGGGAACUGAAGACAAGAUUACGUUCAAGGAAGCUUGUCCAUUGCUAUGGAUCUUCUCACUGAAGCUCAUUGAGUUCCUCAAGUAAAUUUCCUGGGACUCCCUUGAAAAGGAUUUCUCAGCUGUCUUCCUUCUUCAUUGCCAUCUGACUGUAAUCUCUUUGUCCUCACAACUAGCUGUUGGUCCACAUCAUCUGCUGUCAAACAUUAUAAACCCUCUAGGCUGCAUUGCUGUUCUGUGCUGCUGCUUUGUUCAUCAGUUUGCUUUGUGGCUUUAGUUUAUGAUAUUAUUAUUAUUAUUAUUAUUAUUAUUAUUUGUACUUGUUUUAAUAGUGGCAUUUUUGUAACUUGCCCUGGGACUAUUCCAUGAAGGGCCAGGCAUUAAGUACGACUCAUAAACAAAGAUGGCAGGUGAUUUCAUGUUCUCUAAUUCUUACAGCCCGUUUACUCAUGGUGUGGAUUUACUUGCAACUGGGGGCUCCUCUGGCCUUUUUUUUUAAUUGCACAUGCAUGAUGAUAUGCACUCACGAUGCUGUCAGGGUGGUCAUACAUGAUCCCAAUUUUCAAUAUUUCGGGAUGCUCAUACAGCUUCAUGUCCAGUCUGCAUAUACUGUAGUGUCCUGCUGAAAUCCUGUAACCACAAAUAUUCCGGGGGUGUUUUUUUGUCCCACUUUCAUUGCACUAUUGCCCCUCCGGACAGCGAUGAUGUGGUCGCAUUGGCGAAGCAAAGCAGAACAACUAAAGCAGAAUAAAUCCAUCAUUAAUACACUCUUACUAUGUCAAGAAUAUAUUGCAGAACACACCUGCAAUAAAACACCAGUCUGGAACAUACAUAUAUAGCAAGAGCCAUGACCAGUCAUCCCUCCCUAGUCCAUAUGCCUCUAUAAUACAUACGUGGUGAUAAAUGUUCACAUGAACAAAUUAUAUUUUUGGGUGCACAUUUUCAUAGGUGCACUUUUAAAAUGUCACCGUGUUGGAGAAACCAGCUGCAAAGGUAAACUUAGAAAAAGAUUGCCAUUCUUCAUCCUCACACAAGGAAUCUUUUGUCCUCUUUGUUGCUUUCUGUGAACUUGGAGAGAAACACUAUAUUUGUAUAGGAGGAACGUGACACCUGGCUUCUCACUCGCUUUUCAAUUUGUUAGGUGUUUGUGAAAGCUGGUGAUAAAGUCCAAGUCGGAGACCCGCUGAUGGUUAUGUUAGCUAUGAAAAUGGAGGUGAGUAUCAUAACAUUUUAAUCAUGGAGAAGACAAGAGGGAUUUGGUUUUGGUUUAUUAGCACAUCAUAUAAAGUGUGCCUUAAAUGUUGCAGGCAUAGUAUGUUAACUGACUAGUUGUUUAAGGAUUGUGCUGGUUUUAUUGGCAUGACUGAUUUCUAGCUGUAACAAACUGUUCUAAUGUUUCCCAGGAGCAAAUCUUCCAUUGCGUUUGCAUGCUGGAAUAUUCUGUAUAGUUUAGAAAAAUGAUCACUCGCCCUCCCCCCAACCCACUGCCAUUUAAGCAUUUCUAUUCUGUCCAAGGCUUGGUGCUAUACAAAUUCCAACAAGCAAAGAAUCUCUCUAAAAACCACUGCAUUUUUUCUUCAUAAUGCUCCUAGUAAUUAAUCUAAACCGUUGCAGGGUAUGCAUUUAUAACCGUUGCAGGGUAUGCAUUUGGCCUAGCUGGGUUCCUUAAUAAUAACCUCAAACAAACUGGCUCACUUUGCCUUAUUAAUUGGAUUCCACCUUGCGCACUGAACUAUUGUUAGGCACUGUUGUAGAGCAGCGUGUAAACAAAAGUGGUGCCGUGUCAGAAAUGGUAGAAAUCGUAACUUGAUGCUAAGUGACCCUUUUCCUCAAGCAUUAUAUCAUGUGCGAGCUUUUGACCCAUCAUUUUGAUAUAGCCUUGCAUGACACACACUUAAUUUCUAAAGCCAAAACCCAAAAAUAUCCUCUUAAGCACUCAGUCUAGCCUUAAAGGUUUGGAGCAGGGGAGAAAAAGACAAAAUCUAGGGCAGGUAGAUGCAGCUCAUGGAAGGCCAGGUGAUAGAACCUUCAGCAUCCUACCAGAACUUUGGCCAAUUUCCCAGCCACCUCUGCCAAAGUAAUUAAAAUGUGGUCUUCAAUAGAAUAUAAUUCGUAAUAUGCUUUUACAGGUAUAAAUCUGUGAAAUUUGUAGGACAAUGAUCAGUGCUGUGAUAAAAGUGCCCUGGGAGCAGUGCUAUCAUGGCACCGGUCUGUUUGGGAGGAACGAGAACCUCGGCCGAGUCUGGGUACCACUUCCUCCCCAGCAGACAGUGUGAUCACCUGAUUGGCUGAUGGGAGGAUGCCCCAUAGCUCUGAUGCACCACAGUGCAAUAGAUAACCAUCAUUCGCACGGAAAGGGUUAACUUCCCACUCUGACCCAUCCUACUCUGCAGAUAAUUGUUGCUGUGAUUGUUGUUGUUUAGUGGUUUGGUCAUGUCUGACUCUUCAUGACCCCGUGGACCAGAGCACGCCAGGACUCCUGUCUUCCACUGCUUUCCGCAGUUUGGUCAAACUCAUGUUGGUAGCUUCGAGAUCGCUGUCCAACCAUCUCAUCCUCUGUCGUCCCCUUCUCCUUGUGCCCUCAAUCUUUCCCAACAUCAGGGUCUUUUCCAGGGAGUCUUCUCUUCUCAUGAGGUGGUCAAAGUAUUGGAGCCUCAGCUUCAGGAUCUGUCCUUGCAGUGAGCACUCAGGGCUGAUUUCCUUCAGAAUGGAGAGGUUUGAUCUUUCAAGAGUCUCCUCCAGCACCAUAAUUCAAAAGCAUCAAUUUUUCAGCGAUCAGCCUUCUUUAUGGUCCAGCUCUCACUUCCAUACAUUACUACUGGGAAAGCUUUAACUGUUGCUGUGAUAAGGUUACCUAAAAGCAAAGUGAUAUGUUCUUAUCUGUUGGGAUGGAAUAGAGGAAUCCAAUAGAGGUAGCUCUCCCUGCCCCCCUACCUUAACAUUUCUGCAUCCAUUGUUGUACUUGGAUAUUUAUCUGUAUCGAUAAAAAUUAAAAUUUCUGUUCAGUAAAUCAGCAUUCUUUCGUUUGAGCCCUGAACCAUGGGUUUUGGGUAUAAUGUCUGCACAGGAAUCUUGUACAGUGGUACCUCAGGUUACAUACGCUUCAGGUUACAGACUCCGCUAACCCAGAAAUAGUACCUUGGUUUAAGAACUUUGCUUCAGGAUGAGAACAGAAAUCGUGCUCCGGCGGCGCGGCAGCAGCAGGAGGCCCCAUUAGCUAAAGUGGUGCUUCAGGUUAAGAACAGUUUCAGGUUAAAACGGACCUCCGGAACGAAUUAAGUACAUAACCAGAGAUACCACUGUAUUGGCUUAUAGAUGAUCUGCAUAUUUUAAAUGAGGUGCCCUAAUAUAUAGCUCUUAUUUGUACAACUGAUGGUGCCAACUUGAAGUUUUAAAUAGAGAGACAGUGAUUGUUUAGCUAAUGUAUACUUCUUUCUCUGCAGCAUACCAUACGGGCUCCAAAGGCGGGAAUAAUUAAGAAGGUUCAUUACCAGGAAGGAUCACAGGCCAACAGACAUGCUCCACUAGUUGAGUUAGUGGAAGAAGACUCUGAAUCUGAAUAAUCCCUGGUGAAUGUCGGUGAUGCCUUUUGAUUUUUCCCUGAUUCUUUUUUAUUCCUCAAGAAAACAUCUUUAUAUUUUAUUAAUUUAAUUAUUACUAAUAAAAUGCUAUUAUAAUAA